AUGAAGGGAGAAGAUAAAAGAACCGAUAUUUGUUUUUAUAAGUAUAAUAAUAAGCAAGGUUUAUUACCAAUGCAUGGUAAUUUGAUGCAGAAUAAAAAAACAGAUAUGAAUAAUGAAGAAUGCAAAACUACAUUUUAUAACAUUAAUUUUGAAAAUACCAUUGGGAAAAAUUUUAUCAAAAUGGUAGGUAAUGAUGGAACAAGAGAAAAACAUAAAUAUCUGGAAGAACAAAAUACAAUUAAGGUUCAAUUGAAGCAGGACAUAAAUGCGCAACUAGGUAACAGUUAUAGUAAUAGCUAUGAAAAUGGGAAUAGAUGCAAUCGAAGUACAAUUUCUAACAAGAGUAUAAAUCUUUGGAAUAAUAACAGCAAUUGUAAUAGCAAUUAUAAGAUCAACUAUAACAGCGAUUAUACAAAUAAUAACACUGGUAACAAUUUGCACCUUAAACAAAACACUCAUCUAGACAUAUUAAAUGAUGAAGAAUUGGAAGCACAUAAUGCAUCUGAAGUUAACAACAGCUUUACUGCAGCAGAGUACCAGUCUAAUGCAAAAGUAGAGAGAGAUAUGUGUCAAAUAUAUAACCAAAAAUAUGCAAUUAAUAAUUGUAAAAAUAAUAUACACUUUGAUUCAGAACAAACACUAACAUAUGAUGAUUCACAGAAAAAUUUAUUAGAACAUUAUCAAGACAAUUAUCAUGUAAACUCACAACAAACAUUAAAUUUAAAUUCAGAUCAAAAUAUUUCGGAUUCAUUUCAAAGCUAUUUAGGUACAGAUUCAAAACAGACAUUACUAUUUGACGUAGGCAGAAUUGGGCAAUAUACUAACAAAGAAUUUUUUAAAAAUAGGAACAAUUUGAAUUUUCCAGAUAAUUCCUAUUAUUCCAAUAUAUAUGAACGUAGACAAAUAAACAAUGGUUCAGAAAUUUCAGAUAAUGAAAAUAAAAAAAAAAAAAUGAAUAAAAUGAAUUUUGUUCAACAUUUGGAAAUAUGCAAUGAACAGAGUGCACACAGUGGAGGUAAACACGGUGUGUAUAGUCCAAAAGGGAAAAAUAUAUACGCAUUAAAUGAUAACAAUGUAUAUAUAUCGAGGAACCAAAUUGUAUGCGAGAAAGAAUCAGACAUUAUUCCUCAUAUGGGAAGACAGAAUGCUUCAAAUAUUCGUCAACAUGUCAUUUCAAACGAAUAUGAAAAUGACAUGAAAUUACAACAUGGAAAUUUUGAGCAUAAUACGUGUAGAACUAACUUGAAGGAGAAGUAUGCACAGAAAGUUAGUGUAGAUACAUAUGAGGAUAAUUUGCAUGACUUGAGAAAUAUUAAUAUAAGACCAGACAUUGAAAAGGGGAGCUCACAUAAUAAUAACAGUAAUAAUAAUAAUAACAGUAAUAAUAAUAAUAACAGUAAUAAUAAUAAUAAUAAUAAUAAUAAUAAUAAUAAUAAUAAUAAUAAUAAUAAUAAUAAUAAUAAUAAUAAUAAUAAUAAUAAUAAUAAUAAUAAUAAUAAUAAUAAUAAUAAUAAUAAUAAUAAUAAUAAUAAUAAUAAUAAUAAUAAUAAUAAUAAUAAUAAUAAUAAUAAUAAUAAUAAUAAUAAUGAUAAUUCAUUUGGUAUAUCGAAAGACGAUAUAGCACACAUCAACAAUAAGUUAUCUGCUGGAGUGUGUAAUUAUAAAUAUUCAUAUGUUCAAAAAAAUAAUUCCUUUUUACCACAAAGUAGUGCACAUAAUAAGGAUUUUACCCAGGAAAAAAUUAUAUCUAAUAGUGUAGCAGGACAUAGUUUGAUAAAUCAGAACAAGCAGGAUAGAGACAAUGGUUUUAUAACAGUAAGAACAUUAAAUACAGAUUUUAAUAACAAAAAAGUAGGUAGAUUCCAGUCAAACAAUACAACUAAUUUACAAAAGGUGAGAUCUUCUAUAGAAAGAGCAGAUGCCUAUGAUCAUUCAAAUAGUGAAAAAUAUGAUAAUUCGAAUUAUAAAUACAGUCCUAAUGAUAGUGAUAAUAUGCAAAGAUUAAGAGACAAGAACAGCUAUGUUUUGAAAACAGAUAAGUCGUGGUACCAGGGUACCCCGUUUUUUAAAAAAGAAUUCGCGCAAAGAAUGGACGUUGAUAAUGCGGAUGAUACUACUGAUACGGGGGAUUGUGUUGAUACAGGGGAUGCUACGUACUUAAGCGAUGCUGCUGAUACAAGGGAUGCUACGUACACAGGUGCUGCUGCUGCUACCUCCCAAACAGACGUGCUAGAAAAUGAUAGCUAUUUAUAUGUAAAUUCUGGAUAUGAUCAUAAAUGUAUUAACGGAAAACAAUACUUAAGCAAAUUCUUAGAAAAAAGUUAUCAGAUAGACGAAAUAAAAAGUUGCAUGCCUGAACCAACUUUAUACACAAAUCAAAAUUUUGAUGUACCCCAUAUUAUUCAAGGAAUAACUACAAGGAAUAAUAAUGGAAUUGUAUCAGAGAGUAGACAUGACACUAUCAUAGAAUAUGAUAAUAAGUGGAGAUUAGUUAAAGGAAAGCAAUUUGCUAUUAAUCAAAGUGGUAAUUUUAAAUCUGUACAAGAAUCAGAAAAACUUUUUCAAAAAUAUUUAGAUGAACAAAACGCGAAUACAAAGAGAAUGCUUUUACAUAGUAAUUUUAACGCUCUAACCGGAAGAUUUGUAGUAAAUCCUUUUUAUAAUAAUAAUGAGAAUUCCAAUUACUUAAAUAAAAUUCAUGACUAUAAAGACACCUACCAUGUUUACCCCACAUAUUAUAGUAUAACUCCAAAUGAACAAAUAAACAAAAAUAUAACUGUAGAAAAAGAAAAACAUGCUUUAAAAGAAACAUCACAAGUUAAAAUUACACUUAACAAAAAUAACGAGUAUUCUGAUAAUAAAAACUCAAGUAAACCAGGACCUAAGAAAAAAUGUAUAAUUAAAAAGCAAAACUUACCCAUAUGUAGUAAUUAUUUUUUAAAAAACAGAAUAAAAGACUUCGUAUCCGAAACAGUUAAGGAUUACUGUAAUGUAAAUUUGUUUAAUCAAUCUAUAUGA